AUGUGCUUCGUGGUUGCGAACCUGAAGAAAAAGGUCAAGGCGCAGCACAUCAAGGCGGUUACGUCCAAGCUGCCCUCCCUCACGGGGCUUACGAUAACCUCUUCGAGUCUAAAGGCCAUACCGCCCGAACUGGCCAACGCCAACACCAAAUGCGAGCUCAAGGAGCUCAACUUGGCCAACAAUGCCAUCAAGCAGCUGCCCAAGGCGUUCAACGCCAUGUUCGAGACUCUAGCCACACUUGACCUCAACAAGAACGCCCUCAAGAUCGUUGAGGACAACGUCGGCCUCGAGAAGAUGAUCUUCCUCCGCCGGCUCAGCCUGGACGAGAACAAAUUCACCGAGGUCCCUGCCCAAAUCUUCAUGCUGACCAACCUCGUCUCUCUUCACCUGGCCAAGAACGCCAUCGAACGCCUUCCAGACAAUCUCGAACAGCUCGGGAAACUCACUCAGCUCAAGCUUGACGGCAAUCGCUUGACCGAGUUCCCUACCGAGGCGCUGGCCAAGCUCUCGCACCUGGAGAUAUUGGACUUGUCCAACAACCAGCUCUCAGAGAUGAACCUGCCCAGGGGAGUGAAGGUGGAGCUCAAGCUGCGAGCGGUCAACCUCGGCCACAACAACUUCAAGCUGUCCCAGCUCAAGCUUCUGCUGCUGAACAGCAACAAAAUACCCGAGGUGCCCCUUGAAUUGUGGGCCGAGAAGUUCACCGAGCUCCAAACGUUCGACCUCAAAGACAACCCGCUCGACGUGAACGUGGUUGAAGUGAUCACUAAAUACGGUAUCCUUUCCUCCACGUUGGCACCGCGAGGUUCUCUCUCGCUCCUCCGGCCCGCGUUGAAGGCCAAGAUGGAGGAGCAGGCCGCCCAGAGGAAAAUCAUGCAGCGCACGAACUCGAUCAGCAGCGAUGAAGACUCCCAACCAUCAUCAUCGCGGCGGCGAAGCUCCACGUUAGGGAGGUCGCACCAUGUGCCAUCCCCCAGUUCCUCGCACCACCACACUCCCGCCGCACCUGCGCCUCCGCCCGCAUCCAUGCUCGCCCCUCCGCCACCUAUGCAGGCAGCCGGCGGCGACGUGUCGCCGAGACAGAAGUUCAGAAACAACGCCAUCAACCGGGCCAGAGUCGUGCCUUCCGUCGGGGCUGACGACAGUCCAGAAUAUUUUGCGCGCCUGCUCGAAGGCACCGACAAGGAAGUUCUCGCCGACGAGAUGAUUGCGCUCAGAGACAAGCUCAUGUACCAGCCUCACGCGUGGCUCGACGCGUUCAUCGCCGCCAAGGGCCUUAUCAACCUGCUCACUGUGCUCGAGAGGAACGCGAAGCAGCUGCGGCAUGUAAAUAACGAUGCCUGCAUGUUGCACUACGAGGCGCUUCACUGCUACAAGAUCCUCAUCCGCGUAAAGCUGAGAGACGUGCUCGGCACCACCGGCUGUGUCGACGCCCUGGCGUUCGCACUUCUGCCCACCGUGCUCCCGUCGCUGCGGAAGAUCGCCGCCAAGCUUCUGGCCGACCUUGCCAGGAUCAAGGUGAUCGGAAGAAAGAAAAUGUUGUUGGCUCUGGAGAAAGUGAGACGACACUUGGUGGAGAAGAAGAACCGGGAGGAGUUGCCCCAGGUCAGGAAGCGGGAGCGCUUCAGGCUCCUCAUCAACCUGCUCGGCAGUGCCCAGGAGCAGGACAGCACCGAGGUGUGGGAGGAGCGAAACAGGCCGGCGCCCAAGGACAGCGGUGCCGACGACAAAGCGGAUGACAAGAGCAAGGCCGAGGGUGGCAGCCCCACCGAGGACGCCAAGGCCGAAAGCCCGGCGCCUGCGACCGCGGCCGAGAAAGCUCCGGAGGAGCCUGCCGCAGCGCAGGAGGCCACUCCUGAGGAUGCCAAAGAGGAGGACGCGCGCAAGUGCCUGCGUCUGCACUCCAUGCGUCUGAUCAACACCAUCAUUAGCGUGACGAGCAACGUCACCGUCCGCGUGGCGAUCCGCAAGUGUCUGAUCGACUUGGGCAUUCUCGACAAGAUCAUGUGGGCUGAGAAUUCGGCCGGGUCGUCGCACUCUGAGUGGCAAUCGGAGGUGGAUAUCUUCGAGGCCUUCAUGGAGGACGACAACGAGGACCUCGAGUACAUGCUGCAGCGCAAGGCCAAGAAGGGGAAGAAGCCGGCGCGAAGGAAGACGCCCUCGUACCCCAAGCGCUCCGAGCGGUCCGGCUCGCUGGGACCGGGCGAUGCGCCUGUGGGGUCGCCCGUCGACAAGUUGCGACAGGUCCGCCGCCUCAACUCAAUCACCAACCUCAACCGCCUUGCCGCCGCGUCGAAGACCACCGACGAGGGCCAUGACGAUAGCGACAACGAUCAUUCGGACUCGGAUGAUGACGCCUCAUCUACGGACCCGACGACGGGAGACACCGCGUUCACCGAAAACGACGACACCUACGCCUCAGAUGAGGAAGGGGAGGACAACUGGGAGGAGGAACAGGUGCCCUAUGAGGACUACAUGCGCAUCAAGGUGGUGACGCUCGGGACGUCCAUCCAGAUGCCGAUGGUCACCGGCGCGAAAGGCCACCUCAUCGUGCCAUUCGAUGCGUCCAAGACUAUCGCCGACAUCUCGCUGAAAGUCAAGUGUACGAUCUGCCUCUGUCACACGUAA